AGAAACGCAACAAAUGUGAUGCUCUUACUUUGAAGUUCCAACGCAAAAAUCCGCCCUGAACACGAAAAUAGCGGAAAUACAAUCCCCUUAAAUGUCAAUAAGUUUUGCUAGAUCUUGCCAAAACCGAUGCUGCCUCUGCGUAACCUCGUAAACUACACGCUUAGUCUUAUUUGCGUUCUCUCGUGCGUUUAAGAGAAAUCAUACAAAAAACAAAUCUAAUAAAUACACGAAAACAAGUAGAGGCUGAAGUCAUUUUUACUUCAGGAAAUGUCGGACAAUAAACUUAGCUUUGCAGUAGAUACAUUGCAGUAUUUUCGGCAAAAUCCGAAGACAGCGUACGACUUCGUGUUUGACCAACCAGCUGCCGUCCAGGGCAGCUGGUUGGGUCUGCUGGUUGGUCAGCUGGUUGAUCAGGUGAUCAAGUCACAUGAUUCCUCAUUGAAUGGCUGGCAUGUAGUUAAAGCUAGCAAUGUAAGAGUGCUAUAGCUAGCAGUGUAAACAAGCCCCACCGAUCGUGCGGGGGGACAGCGACAGAAUGACAUGAGUAAGUAGGGUCAAGAAGCCCCCAUCCCCUGGAACACCUGAGCACACCUUCACUGAGCCAGAUCAGUGCCCCAAUGGAGCCGGCCUCGCAUCCCAUUGGCUGUGAGGCCAAGACCUCGCUGCGGGACCUCUUUGAAUACUUCAAGAGGUGCCUGAGGUGCGGGGAGUGGGAGCUGGCCAGCGCCUGCGUGCCACAGCUGGUCAGGUCCGCAGGAGGACACUCGGGGAAGCUUCAGGAGAUACUGAAGGCUGCUGUCUGUCAUCCUUACAAGCUGAAAUGGCAGUCUAUGGGCAGUCCGCACAAGCUGGCUUGGUUUUGGCUUCAAGUCUUGGAGAAAUGGACAGAAGAGCAGGUUUCUCCUAGCAUCAAAAGAGAGCUGGAGUUCCUCCUCCUGUUGGAGCAUCUGUGGUCAGAGGGCCUCGAGGAGCCUCUUCUUCAGCAGGUGCAGCAGGCGUUUAGCACCUCAGAAGCGCUAACGUCCACGCAUGCCGCCGUGGAGUGUUGCCUGCAGACCUUACUGGAGAAGAAGAGGCCUCGACUUGCUCAGUUGCUCGCUCAUUUCUUACAGGGUGAGUCGAGCAUCAGCGGCGCCGCCCUGCAGCACGUGUUCAUCCGCCACCUGCUGGACAAACUAGCAAAGCCCGAGACCGGAGCGGGGAGGUCGGACGAUUGGGUGGAGGAGACCUACAGCGUGUUGGCUGUGAUGCCGUGGAACGCCAGCGGUGGCAACGGCCAGUUGGAGGCGCUGUGCGAAGCACUGUGGGCGGCCAUAGACGGGCCGCUGACGGAGGAGAGGGUCCUGAGCUCGCUGCUUCGGCCGCAAUGCGACGAUCUCGUGUCGGCGUACGGCUCGGCCACGCUGAGGCUGCAGAGGGAUCGUCUGCUGAGGAGCGCGCCUGACCCCCCAGUGCACCUAUCCGAAGCAGGAAAACUGUCUCUCAGUCUGUGUUGCCAUAAGGAUCGUCCAUCUGUGUGGAAGAUGAUCUACUUUGAGUGCCUGAGUAGCGGGAAGCACUUCCUUGAGCAGGUCUUGAUUACCGCACUUGACCUGAUCAAACACGAGGAGUUCAGCCAGCUGAGGGACAUGCUGCACUCCGAGUUCCAGCCUCUGUGUCGCCUGCUGCUGUUGCUGGGCUGGAAGCACUGCCGCAGUCUGAGCUCGGCUCAAACGCUGCUCACCGUCCUUCAUCAUCAGCAGGCAUCAGCCAAGGAUUCUGUCCUGCAAGACUUUGCCAACCUUUUGUCCUCCCAGCUUGGAAUUCUUGAGUGGUGUAAAAACAACAAUCGAGGCGUCUCCAUGGAGGCUUUGCUGGUCCAGCUGCACACGCUGGACAACCACUCAGCCCUCUACGUUCUGCAUUCCUUGACGCCGCUGGCUCACUUUGAAGAGCGGCGCAUCCUGGAUCUGCUACAGCCGACGCCACAUCCACCAGGAAACGGGGACACCGAGGACAUUCGUCCUCACAGUCUUGCUGCACAGAGGAACACAGUUUUGUUUCAGGGCUUCUGCACCAUGAAGUAUGCCAUCUACGCUUUGUGUGUAAACGCUCAUAAGUACUCAGGAUGCAGCGAGUGUCAACCCAAGCGGCAGCAAGCCGCUGGGGACGAACGGGACUCCAGCCUUGCCGCAAGUUCCUCAGAAGAUUGCCACUGGCUCUUCCAGCAUUACCUUUCAGAGUGCCAACUGUAUCUGGAGGCCGUGCCCGCCAUGUUCCGCCUGGAGCUGCUGGAAAACAUCUUCUCACUUCUCUUCCUCUCAAGCGCCGACUUUGUCCCACAGAGUCCCAAAGAUGUGACUAUAGACACAAGGGACGCAUUCUGCCCUUCCCAAGCGACAAAGACACAGUCUGAGGAGGACUACAAGCGCUGCUCAAGUGCCCGUCGCUCUCACCUGGACCUUGGCCACUACGUGCAGGGCUGCAGGGGCUUCCUGGCAGAUGUGGAGGCCAUGGAGGGUUUUCUGAAGCUUCUCAAAGAGGGGCUGGAGGGCAUGUGUUUGCUGGGCCAGGGGGACGGACAGGAGAUGGGGAGAGCGCUCCCCAGAGAGGCGGAGGUGGCGGAGAGUGUGGGCUGCUCUGUGGCGGCCGGGACGUUUGGCGCCCGCCUGCAGAGGUUAUCCAAACGCACCGCCGAGGCUCAGUGGAGGCUGCAGAUCAUCUGCAGCAAUCAGGCCAGCAGAAACGCUUCAGAAUGUCUCCCGCGGACGUCAGGCGUCAGUAGUGGUGGCUCUUCUUUGGGACACAACAAGAGCUCCAGUUUGAGGCGAGGCAAGAAAGCCGCGAGACAUGCCACACAGAGACAAGCCUCCGUGGAGAAACACGAUGGAGAAGAUGGCACAAGUACUUCAGAGGAGGGACAAGCACAUGGCGGAGGCGCUGUACAUGCACCUCACAGCUGGUUGAUCCCCGCCAUGUUGUCUCCUCCGGAAUCUCUGCUCAUGUCCUGCAUCCGUCGCGGCAACUUCAUGGAGGCACAUCAGGUGUCUCUUGUGUUCGACCUGACGGCGUCGGCCCCCUGCUGCGAGCUGGCCUUCAUGGAGCGCUACAGAGAAGUGCUGGUGGAGCUGGGCCGGGUGGAGCAGAAGAUGGAGAGCCAGUCCAUGUCGUCAUCCUCAUCAUCCUCCGAGGGCUUGGGGGCCGCGUCUGGGACAGGGCGGAGUCGGCUGGGCAGCAGCGGACGCUCGACACUGCAGGCUAUUGGAAGUGCGGCGGCAGCAGGUGUGGCGUUCUACUCCAUCUCCGAUAUAGCCGACCGCCUCCUCAGCACGCCGUCUCACCCGCUACCGUCCCUGGAAGAAGGCUACUGGCUGACCAGGUGCUCCCCUCAGCUGACCGGGCUGGCGGGCACGCUACUGGAAGAGCUCAGCCCGCCCGCCAUGGCGGCCUUCGACCUGGCGUGCUGUCACUGCCAGCUUUGGAAGACGUCCCGGCAGCUGCUGGACACCGCCGAGCGUCGCCUCAGUAACAGCCUGGAGGCUCGAGGAGUAAAAGUGGACCCCAAAGUGCCUGGUUCUGAGAACAUUUGUGGAUUUCCUGCAGUUUUACAGCAGAUCAGCAAAAUACUUAACCAUUCUACCACCUACAAGAGCACGGUCAAGACGUCAGAAGGCGGCGGGGAGGAGCCAGCCUGUGCCUGCCCGUUUGGCCGCUGCAUCCAGGAAGUGCUACUCUGCUGCCACCCAACGCUGAGCGAAGAGUGCAUCGCGGCCCGACUCGCUCUGAACCAACAUUUGUUGAACACCUUGCAGAUCCUGAGCUCUUCCAGCGAUGGAGCAGAAAGCAGCACAGCGGCCUCAAGUUCUCUUGUGGCGCUGCUGGUGGAUCAGGCCAAUCUGAAGCCGUCGGAGCUGGACACUCACCCGGUGCACUCCGGCACGCAGCAGCUGCUGCACGCUCUGGACCAGCUGUGCCCCUUCGAGCCUGACGGAGAGCUGGCCCGGCCUGACUUUGUGCGCACUUUUCUCAACUACGUCAACACGCUGGCAGCGGUGCUGGUGUGCAGCCUCGGUUCUGAAGACCACAGCAGUGAGGUCAAGCUGGGGAAUCCAUUGUUGGUGUUACUUCAAGCUCCAGCACAGCUUCUCUCCCACCUGCUGUUUGAGCGACAGGUGUCUCCUGAAAGGUUGCUGUUGCUGCUGCGAGAGGCGGGGCUUCGCAUCAGCGUCCAGCAGGUCAUCAUCCAGCGCUGCUGUGCCGUCCUGCCCGUGUGGACCUACUAUCCAGACCCAGACUCCAGUCAAGCAAAGAAAGAGGACGCUGUCUUCGGUGUGGAUGCUUUGUCCUCGCUGCUCCAACGCCACGCAAAGGAGCACGCGUCCACGCUCAUGAUACCCGGCCCUCAGCCCGACGCCGGCUUCGUGUCGUCAGCGGAAGACAGCGCCACCUUAACCGCCAACCCUUCCACCUCUCCCUCCUCCUUGACCCCGUCUUUUCUGCUCACGCCCUCCGCCCUGGCCUUCCUCAAAUCUUGCAGUCCUCUGGUGGCCACGCUGGCGUGCUUGAGCGCUUGCAAGGGCGAGAGCGCUCGCUCCCAGCCCUCUGUAUGGUCAGGAUAUUUCCGCAGCGGCCGCAAGGAGGUCGGCAUGGACGCAGAUCAGAUUUCCAAGGAAGCAGACAACCUCCUCAAGGCGUUCCCCAUCCUCCGGGCGUAUCUGCACUCCAUGGCAGAACCGCUGGUGGGGGCCGCCUCCAUUGAUGGCGAUGAUUCCGCAGGACUCGGAGUGUCAGUGUGCAGGAAGCCCCUGGUCAGUCUUGUGCUGGCUGGGCCUCAGGAGGAGAUCGCCCAAGCUGCCGCGGCCGAGGCCUUCCAGCAGGCUCUCUGCUCCAAGGACCUGGGUCGAGCGCUCAGGAUGCUGGAGCUGUACGAGCCCAGCUGCAACCAGCUGGGGCCGCUGAGGGACCGACUGCUUGCCUGGGCUGCCUUAGAGGGUGGCGAGGACGGCGUGGGCCACUUGUUUCGGGUGCACGAUGCCAACCUGCGCGCCAGUGUGGCCCUCCAGGCCCUGGAGUGUUGGCCUCUGUCGGCUUGUUUGGAGCUGCUGGAGUUCUGCUUGGACGACGCCGACACGGAGGCCUCGCUGAGAGCCGACUUGAAGCAGAGGAGGAAAGAGUUGGACAUUUACCGCUGGAUGUUAGUUUUACAGCCGCCAUUGCCGUGGGUAACGUGGCAGGAGCUGAGGGCUGAGUCCAAGGCAAACUCUGAGUUCAUGUUGGCCAGGAUGUUGGAGGCCAAGGAGUUCCUGCUUUGUGCACAGUGGGUGGAGCUUUAUCCUGUCUGCGAGCAGUCCCGACUGCAGCUGCAGACGGAGCAUUUGCUUCAUCUUCUGGAGAAGGAGCAAACCGAUGAAGCUUUCCAGCUUCUUGAGGGUCUGGCGUGCGGCCUGGACGUUUGCGAGCGAGCGCUAGACCGCCGGCCCGGCUUGGCCGCAUGUCACUUCCUGGCCGAUUAUCUCACGCUGCACUACCAGAGGCAGGUGUCUCCAGCACGGCGGCGGCACAUCCACACCGUCCAUCUUGGGUCAAAGGUGAUGCUAACCCUGCCGCCUGCCGCCAGGCAGGACUACUUCCCGCUGCUGUCGCAGCCGAUGCUGAUGCUGGAGCAGCUCUUAAUGAACCUGAAGGUGGACUGGGCCGACGUGGCGGUGCGGACCCUCAGGAGCCUCCUGGCCGGCCAGGAGGCGGGCUUCGGGGUGGACGACGUCGACGAGCUUCUGGCCGAGUACGCCGGCAAGGCCCUUGACUUCACGUGCGCGCCCAGAGAGAGGUCCCGGUCCGACUCUGUCAUAAGCCUGCAGGAUGCGCUCUCGCAGUGUCCGGCUCAGGACAGCAGCAGCGCUUCAUCGUCCGCUCGGCUCGAAUCGCCGGCACCUUCUGCAAGCGGCACGCACACGCCCUUGUCAAACAGCGCAGAAAGAGAGCGGGGGCGAAAACGCUCCUCGCCCGCCAAGUUCCAGCCUCCAGAACAACCCCCGGCCCAGAAGGACUGGGUGCCUGACACCCAGCAGCAUGUUUGCAUGGUGUGUCGGCGCGAGAGGUUCACCAUGUUCAACCGCCGGCAUCACUGUCGAAGGUGCGGCCGCUUGGUUUGUCACGCUUGCUCCGAGCGGAGGAUGCUCGUGGAGGGAUGCCCCGGCGAGGAGGUCAGGGUCUGUGACCAGUGUUACUCCUACUUUUACCCAGAUUGUGAUGACGAGCUGGAACCAAGUGAAGCGGCGGCGAGCCCCACGACGACAGGAGACGUCCUUGACGGCAUGCUGCACCUGCCCGAGGUGGCCCCCAGGCAGUUUCGGGUGUCAACGGAUCCCACAGAGAACCAGCUGCGGCGGAGCGAGUUCUACUACGAGCAGGCACCAAGUGCACACCUCUGCGUGGCCAUCUUGUCCCUGCACAGCAACCAGACUGUGUGCGGCCACCAGCUCAUCGCCCAUUGCCGCUCGCUGUCCCGGAAGCUGACCAACCCGGAGGUGGACGCCUGCCUGCUGACGGAUGUUAUGCGGCGGCUGCUCUUCAGCGCCAAGCUGAUGUUUGUCAAAGUCGGGCGCAGCCAAGACCUCGCCCUGUGCGACAGUUACAUCAGCAAAGUAGACGUGCUGAAGAUUUUAGUGGCGGCUAAUUACAAGCAUGUUCCGUCCCUGGACGACAUCCUGGAGACAUCGGCUGUGAUGCGACUGCGCAAUCAGCUCUUGGAGGCGGAGUAUUAUCAGCUAGCUGUCGAGGUGUCCACCAAGAGCGGUCUGGACCCUGGUGCUGUGUGGCAAGUCUGGGCCAUGGCCUCGUUGAAGGCGGGUGACCUCACGGGGGCGCGGGAGAAGUUUGCACGCUGCCUGAAGGCUCCCGUGGACCGCAACCAGCUCAACCUGGGCCCAACGCUGCUCCAGGAGCUUGUGAAACACCUGGAGACCACUGUGAGACCCACUCUGUCCACGUCUUGUAGCGAGGACAUCUUGGCCUCCCUGCACGAGCUGGAGGAGGCUCUCAAUGAGAACGGCCCUGUGGGGAAAACAGACUCCUGGAACCAGCGGAGCGUCCUCCAUCAGGAGUGCCUGUACUACCUGAACACCUACGGCACUCUCUUGGCACGCGUCAGUUUCUACAUGCGCCACGACAGCAUGACCGAAGCGCUCUCACUGCUCCUCAACAAGGGCUCCCUGGAGGAUGUGUUCCUAGAGGGCGUGCUGCAGCCUGCUCUGGAGCGAGGGUGCUUGGGGACGUUGCAGGACAUACUGGAGAAGCUGGACCCCAGUCUGGAAACGUGUAGCCGCUACCUCAUCGCCUCCUGCCAGUUCCUGCAGCGGCGAGGCUACUUCCAUACGCUCUAUCAGCUCCAACAGUUCAUGAUGGAUCACGUGCGUGCGGCCAUGACUUGCAUCCGCUUCUUCACACAUGGAGCCACUUCUUACCAGCAGCUGGGGGACCAACAGCGCUGGUUGGUUCGAGCCAAAGAGCACCUGAGGACGUACCUGCAGGAGCAGCAAUGUCGAGGCGGCAGCAGGAGGAAGUCUCAAGCGGGCUCGUUCAGGAAGAUGAUGUCGUCAAGCGACGUUUCCAGGCACAUGAACACCAUCGAGCUGCAGCUGGAGGUGACCCGCUUCCUGCACCGAUGUGAGACAGCGGCUUCCGCUGGAUCGGGUCCCCUUCCCACCUUGUUUGGAGGGAGCCCCAUGAAGGCGGAGGUGGCCUGUAAGGUGAUGCUCGGAGGUAAAAACAUCGAGGAAGGCUUUGGCAUUGCAUACAGAGUCAUACAGGACUUCCAGCUGGAGGCCCAGGCCGUGUACGUGCGGGCCGGCCAGCGUCUCAUCCGUCACAGGAAGUUUGGUGCCACGCGGCAGCUGCUCAAGUGCGUCAUUGAGUCCGGCACGGCCACCAGGAACGACGGCGACGCGCUCAUCCUCAGCUGCGUGGCCGUGGCGGAUAAAGGAGCAGCUGACGCCAAAGAGUUGGAGAGUCUCAUUCUGGAAACCAAGAGCACAGAAAGCAAGAUCAAAGCCUACCUGCUGUGCAACAAGCUGCGGCCCGCUUACCUGCUGGCGGUCAAGCUGGAGGCCGGCCGGGCCGGUCCGUUGGUGCAGGACGUCCUGCGGGCGGCCGAGGGAGCGCAGGACUCGGUGAUGCAGAACAUCUGUCGCCAGUGGCUCCUGGAGCACCACAGCAAGACCGGCCAGCAGCGACCGGGACGAGCCAGCAACGGCAGGUAACCGUGUCGUCCGCUCACCUGGGCCAAUUCCUGGACCUGGAACGUGUGCCCAUCCACACAUCCAUCCAUCCAUUCUUACGCUGACUGAAGGAAAUCACAACCAAUCUCUACCUCGCCUUAAAAGGAGCUCCCUGUCAUGGACAUGUGGCAUUUGGUUUUUGUGCUUCUUCCACACCAUACUCAUCCAAGCGUGCCUUUGUGGAGCUGCCUUUGUGCGCUGAGAACACAAAAGGGCCUUUCCUUGCCCAAAAUCUCUCGCUAAGAUGACACAUGCAGGGGUGUCAUAUACAGUAGGUGAAAAAAACUCUUUGCUUCCCCCCCCAAAUAUUUAAACUUACUUCUGAAAUCAUCUUUGUAAAUGUUCUUCUUGUAAUAUUAUGACUUUAUUCCCACAAUAUUUGGACUUUAUUCCAACAGUAAUAUAACUAUUUCCCUAAUGUACUUUUCCAAAACUUAGUUUGUCAUCAUAGUACGAUUUUGUUUUUGUUUUUUUUUACUUUUUGGCCGUUGUUUUUUUUGUUGUUUUGUUUUUUUUACUUUUCUGCUGUUGUUUUUUUUUUUUAAAUGUUCCAAAUAUCUCCACUUUCUCCUUAGAUAAAUAAAUAAAUAAAUACACAUUUGGACUUUAUGCCAACAAUAAUUUAGCUUUUUCCACAACAACUUAUAUUUUGUUGUUUGUUUCUCAUAGUUGGCGUCAUUAAUAUUUCAACUCUAUUUCAGCUUUAUUCUUAGAAAAUUACACCUGUUUUGUCUUUUUUUUUUAGUUUUUGCUUUUUUUUAGUUUUCCAAAUAUUUCUUCUUCAAUAAUCUUGGGAAUUUUUUUUCUGGUCAUAUGACUUUUCUCCCAACCUAAUUUUUCUCAUAAUAUUACAACUUAAAAAAUAAAUAUUAAAAUAAAUAUAUAUUAUAUAAAGAGUUUAUUCUUGUAAAAUUGUGACCUUUUUUUUUUUCUUGGUAAAUUGCAAUUUGUUUCUAAUAUUUUUACUUUAUUCUUGUAAAAUUACGGCUGUUUUUUUUUCCAUUUCUGUUGUCCCUCCCCCACCCCGCUAGUCCCACUUUUUUCUUGUAAAUUUUCUCCUCAUAAUGAUGACUUUAUUGCCAUCAUAUUUUAACUUCAUUCUCUUCGUAUUAUACAUUUUUCCGCAACCUGACUGUCCGAAUGUGACAACUUUAUGUUCUUUUUGUCUUUCAUCAUAUUACAAAUUUAAUAAAAUAACAUCUUUGAGUAUUUAAACUUUUUGCUACUAAAAUGAUGUUAUUUGUCAUAAGAUUACAAUUUUUCUUGUUUUUUGUCCCCCAAAUAUUUCAAUUUUCUUCGUAAUUCACCUUUGUAAUUUUUCGUCCUGUAUGACUUUAUUCCCAUAAUAUUUGGAGUUUCUGCCAACGAUAAUCUAACUUUUUCCUCAACAUCUUAUAUUUUCUUUUUUCUAAUUCUGACUUUCAAUUAUGACUUAAAAAAACCUAUAAUAUUUCUUUAAUAUUUCAACCCUGUGCUACUAAAAUGACAUUAUUUUUUUCCUCGUAAUAUUUCAGCUUUAUUUUAAUUUCUACAGGAAUUUUUUCCCCAAAUAUUUCAACUUUCUUCUUAAACAAUCUUUGGAAUUUUUUUCUCGUCAUAUUAUGACUUAUGACUAACUUUUUUCCCAACCUAAUUUUCCUCAUGAUAUUACAACUUAAAAAAUAAUAUUUCAACUUGAUGCUACUGAAAUGACUUACUGAUAAUUAUUCCUCAUAUUAUGAGUUUAUUCUUGUAAAAUGGCGAUUUUUUUUUCUCGCUAGAUUCCGACUUUUCUCUUAAUAUUCUGACUUUAUUCUUGUAAAAUUACAACUGUUUUUUUUUCCAUUUCUGUUGGCUUUCCCCCCCAGCUAUUUCCAUGUUCUUGUAAAUUUUCUCCUCAUAAUGAUGACUUUUAUUCCCAUCAUAUUUUAACUUUAUUCUCUUCAUAUUAUAAGUUUUU